CGUCACGUGGCCGGGCGCACUCCAAUGGGCGGCGCCGGGGCGACCUGAUGUUCCCGGCGGCCCGUGCGUCGGCGGUGGUUGGGUGGUAAGAUGGCGGCUGUGAGUCUGCGGCUCGGCGAUUUGGUGUGGGGGAAACUCGGCCGGUAUCCUCCUUGGCCAGGAAAGAUUGUUAAUCCACCCAAAGACUUGAAGAAACCACGUGGAAAGAAAUGCUUCUUUGUGAAGUUUUUUGGAACAGAAGAUCAUGCGUGGAUCAAAGUGGAACAGCUAAAGCCAUACCAUGCGCACAAGGAGGAAAUGAUCAAGAUCAACAAGGGGAAACGAUUCCAGCAGGCUGUGGAUGCUGUUGAAGAGUUCCUCCGGAGAGCCAAAGGGAAAGACCAGACAUCGUCCCACAAUUCUGCUGAUGACAAGAAUCGGCGUAAUUCCAGUGAGGAGAGAAGUAGGCCAAACUCAGGUGAUGAGAAGCGGAAGCUUAGCCUGUCUGAAGGGAAGGUGAAGAAGAACAUGGGAGAAGGAAAGAAGAGGGUGUCUUCAGGCUCUUCAGAGAGAGGCUCCAAGUCCCCUCUGAAAAGAGCCCAAGAGCAAAGUCCCCGAAAACGGGGUCGGCCCCCAAAGGAUGAGAAGGAUCUCACCAUCCCUGAGUCUAGUACCGUGAAGGGGGUGAUGGCUGGACCGAUGGCCGCGUUUAAAUGGCAGCCGACCGUGAGCGAGCCUGUGAAAGAUGCAGACCCUCAUUUCCAUCAUUUCCUGCUCAGCCAAACUGAGAAGCCAGCUGUCUGUUACCAGGCAAUCACAAAGAAGUUGAAAAUAUGUGAAGAGGAAACUGGGUCCACCUCCAUCCAGGCAGCAGACAGCACGGCCGUGAAUGGCAGCAUCACACCCACAGACAAAAAGAUAGGAUUUUUGGGCCUUGGCCUCAUGGGAAGUGGCAUCGUCUCCAACUUGCUAAAAAUGGGUCACACAGUGACUGUCUGGAACCGGACUGCAGAAAAAGAAUCCUUCAGCAGACACUUGUUUUGUGCUUACUGUGAAGUAGAACAUCGUUCUAGGCACCAGUGUGAUUUGUUCAUCCAGGAGGGGGCCCGCCUAGGAAGAACCCCCGCUGAAGUCGUUUCAACUUGUGACAUCACCUUUGCCUGCGUGUCAGAUCCAAAGGCAGCCAAGGACCUGGUGCUGGGCCCCAGUGGUGUGCUGCAGGGGAUCCGCCCCGGGAAGUGCUACGUGGACAUGUCAACAGUGGAUGCUGACACAGUCACCGAGCUGGCCCAGGUGAUUGUGUCCAGGGGGGGCCGCUUUCUGGAAGCCCCAGUCUCAGGGAAUCAGCAGCUGUCUAAUGAUGGGAUGUUGGUGAUCUUAGCAGCCGGAGACAGGGGCUUGUAUGAGGACUGCAGCAGCUGCUUCCAGGCAAUGGGGAAGACCUCCUUCUUUCUAGGUGAGGUUGGCAACGCAGCCAAGAUGAUGCUGAUCGUGAACAUGGUACAGGGAAGCUUCAUGGCCACCAUCGCUGAGGGGUUAACCCUGGCCCAAGUGACAGGCCAGUCCCAGCAGACACUCUUGGACAUCCUCAAUCAGGGACAGUUAGCCAGCAUCUUCCUGGACCAGAAGUGCCAAAAUAUCCUGCAAGGGAACUUUAAGCCUGAUUUCUACCUGAAGUACAUUCAGAAGGAUCUCCGCUUAGCCAUUGCCCUGGGGGAUGCCGUCAACCAUCCUACUCCAAUGGCAGCUGCAGCCAAUGAGGUGUACAAAAGAGCCAAGGCACUGGACCAGUCUGACAACGACAUGUCUGCCGUGUACCGAGCCUAUAUACACUAAGCCCUUGAUACCCCACCCCACCCCCUCAGUCUUCCCUCUGACCCCUCCUCCUCACAUGGGGUUGGGGUCCUGGGACUUAACUCUGGACCAGUCCACCUGUCUCCAUCUCCUUUUAUACAGACUUUGAGACUUGCCAUCAGCACAGCACACAGCGUCACUCCUCCCCUGGAGGUCCUGGGGAGGGGAGGGGUGUCAGCAGGAUUGGCCUUUGGGAAAGCUCUUGAGCUGGGCACUGGCCCUGGACUAGGUGGUUGUGUGUUCACACACACACACACACACACACACACACACACGGUGGCUGUGUGUACGUUCUCUCUCUCUCUCUCUCUCUCUCUCUCUCUCUCCCCCUCUCUCCCUCCCUCUACACACCACACACUGGCUCUCACCCCAGGAUAAAAGCUGCCCAGAAACUGCUGCCUGGCUUUUUUUUUUUUCCCCCUUCUGAGCUUGUCUUAUCUCAGACCCUUUCCAGUCGAGGAACUAGAAUCAGCAUUAAGAACUGGAAGCCUUUCCACUGCUUCCUUCCUUCAGAGCGAAGAGGCUGUGGUUAUGUCCACAUCCCGCCCUGGAUCCCGCACGUGAAACAGAGGCUCUGGGUCAAAAUGAGCCAGCACCGACUCCAAACAGAGGGUCCUCAUGGGCCCUCCAACCUCAGGUGACCAGCUGAUGAGGAUUGUCAUGUUUAAGCUACCAAUGAGCAACCAACUCUCCAUAAAUGCCUUUGUGAACUGAAAAGAAAUUGGCCAAGUUGAGCGGACACAGGGCUCUGGCUCUCUGGGGAGAGCAGCAAAUCGCCAGCACAUUAGGUGAGCCCCACAGAAGCCUACUCUCGUCACCGCUCUUGAGCACCUAUCCCAGAAGUCACCGUCACUGCAGAGCCCUGGGCUGGGAUCAGACUUCCUUGCUUUGGUGUAGGGAGAGCUCACUCCUCACCAGGCUCUUUUAGUAUUUGGAUUUGCAUUCCAGCCCUUGGGAAGGGUAUCCUGAGGGCCACCAGGGAGGAGUGAAGAGGGAGGAGAGUGGGGUUCCUUCCUGUUUUCCGUUAUGCUGCAGACUUCCACCUCGUUCUGAAGAGUCACUCUGACUGGGUCCCCUCAUAGCAGUCCCAGCUUCUCCAGCCUGCUCCUGUACAUGUUCCCCACCUGCCCAUCUCUUCAUUCUCCCUUCGUCCUUUUCUUCCCAUGGAGACAGUGUUUCUGUCUGUCCCUUCUUUGGCCCAUACCCAGCCUGACCAACGAUGGCCAUUUCUUAGGCUCAGCUGUUGAAACAGGAACGAGUGUCUUCACUUUAGCAGAAGCAUGGUCUUCGAUGCUUCCAGGGCCCCAGGGUCUCUCGGGAGGGAAGAGAACUGGGCCUGACCCAACCUGAACUAUCUGACCCUAAGAGGUGGAUCUAAGACAUCCUUGAGACCCUAACAUUUCUCCUUGGACAGGGGACCAGAGGGGCUUGGAAUGUGGCAUAAAAACAAGGAGAAGUCACCUAAAGGAUGUCAAUGUUCUCUCCCUCUGCAUGGGUUGCAUUUUCCAAAGUCACACUUUGCAGGUCAGUGUUUCUAGUGAAUAUAGAGAAUGAGACCACACUGGGGUGGGCCCCUCCCCCCUCAACCUUGGCCCAUUUGCGCCGAUCAGAACCCAGGCUAGGGGAUCUCAGAAGACAUAGAGGGAGGGCAAGGAAGAUGCCUGCGUGUUUUUGGCAUAACUUCACUGGGAUUUGGAAUACUUUUCUGUCUGAACACAAAGCCUGUUCUAGUCCUAGCCAGACAUUUUGGGGAGGGUGGGGGGUGGGGGUGGGGAAGAUACUGUAAUGAAACUGGUUAGUCAAUGUUGUCUUAAUAUUGUUGACAAUUCUGUAAAGUUUCUUUUUAUGAGUAUUUCUGUUUAAGCUAUUUCAUCUUUGUUUUGAAAUCCUUCCCUUUUAGGAGAAAAUGUGACACUUGUGAAAAAGCUUGUAAGAAAGCCCCUCUUGCGCGACCCCCUUUUUUUUUUCCUUUAAACCUCCUUUAAAUGACAAAUCUAGGUAAUUAAGGUUGUGAAUUUUUAUUUUUGCUUUGUUUUUAAUGAACAUUUGUCUUUCAGAAUAGGAUUGUGUGAUAAUGUUUAAAUGGCAAAAACAUGAUUUUGUGCAAUUAACAAAAAGCUACUGCAAGCAAAAUAAAACGUUUCUUGGUAACACAA